CCAAAUUGGUUGGGCCUUGUUUGCCAAAGGGACACGCAAGUCACGCCGUGAACCAUGGACCCUGCAGCUGUCACUCCGGGCGGAAGAAGUGGCCUCUCUCUAGGAGAGCAGAGGUGAGAUUUCAUCGCUCAGACACCUGGUCCUGGAACGGGGAGGGAUUUUGUAACCCAGGAAAGAGGAUAUUGCAACCAUAAGGAUGUUGCCAGUCACGGAGAGCAUGCUCCACCUCCUGGGGCUGGAGAAGACGGCCUUCCGCAAGUACGCCCUGUCCCUGCUCCUGCUGUCCCUGCUCUUCUUCCUCUUCCGCCUGCUGCUGCAGUUCCUGCGCCUCUGCCGGGCCUUCUACGUCACCUGCCGCCGGCUGCGCUGCUUCCCCCAGCCGCCCCGUCGCAACUGGCUGAUGGGCCACUUGGGCAUGUACCUUCCGAAUGAGACCGGCCUCCAAGACGAGAAAAAGGUGUUGGAUAACAUGCAUCACGUCAUCCUGGUGUGGGUUGGACCUGUCCUGCCACUGUUGGUCCUGGUGCACCCUGAUUACAUCAAGCCCCUGGUGGGCGCCUCAGCUGCCAUUGCCCCAAAGGAUGACCUUUUCUAUGGCUUCCUGAAACCAUGGCUGGGGGAUGGAUUGCUGCUUAGCAAAGGUGACAAGUGGAGCCGGCACCGCCGUUUGCUCACUCCUGCCUUCCACUUCGACAUCCUGAAGCCCUACAUGAAGAUCUUCAACCAGUGCACUGACAUCAUGCAUGCUAAGUGGCGGCGGUUGGCAGCGGGCUCGGUGGUCUCCCUGGACAUGUUCAAGCACGUCAGCCUCAUGACCCUCGACAGUCUUCAGAAAUGCGUCUUUAGCUACAACAGCAACUGCCAAGAGAAGAUGAGCGAUUACAUCUCUGCCAUCAUUGAGCUGAGCGCGCUGGUCGUGCGGCGGCAGUACCGCCUGCACCACUACCUGGACUGCAUCUACUACCGCACGGCGGACGGGCGGCGUUUCCGCCAGGCCUGCGACACUGUGCACCGCUUCACCACCGAGGUCAUCCAGGUGCGGCGCCGGGCGCUGCAGCAGCAGGGGGCCGAGGCCUGGCUGAAGGCCAAGCAGGGCAAGACCUUGGACUUCAUCGACGUGCUGCUCCUGGCCAGGGAUGAAGAGGGAAAGGAGCUGUCGGACGAGGACAUCCGCGCUGAGGCGGACACCUUCAUGUUUGAGGGUCACGACACCACGUCCAGCGGACUCUCCUGGGUGCUGUUCAACUUGGCGAAGUACCCGGAAUACCAGGAGAAAUGCCGGGAAGAGAUUCAGGAUGUCAUGAAAGGCCGGGAGCUGGAAGAGUUGGAGUGGGACGACCUGACGCAGCUGCCGUUCACCACCAUGUGUAUAAAGGAGAGCCUGCGCCAGUUCCCCCCUGUGACUCUUGUCUCGCGACGGUGCACGGAGGACGUGAAGCUCCCAGACGGGCGGAUCAUACCCAAAGGAAUCAUCUGCCUGGUUAGCAUCUAUGGGACCCACUACAACCCCACAGUGUGGCCUGAUUCCAAGGUGUUCAACCCCUAUCGCUUUGACCCGGAAAACCCCCAGCAGCGCUCCCCACUGGCGUUCAUUCCUUUUUCUGCAGGACCCAGGAAUUGCAUUGGACAGAGCUUCGCCAUGGCGGAGAUGCGCGUGGCCGUGGCGCUGACGCUGCUGCGCUUCCGCUUGAGCGUGGACCGAACGCGCAAGGUGCGGCGGAAGCCGGAGCUCAUCCUACGGACGGAGAAUGGAAUCUGGCUCAACGUGGAGCCCCUGCCUCCACGGGCAUGAGCGCAGAGCGCACCUGCGGAUGCCACGGAUCUAGGCCCCGCCCCCGGAGGACAAGGCCCCGCCCCUAAGGGACCAGGCCCCGCCCCCAAGAUCCUGAAGGCAUAGGCCACGCCCCUCUAAGUCCAGGCUUCGGGGCUGGAGGAUCAGGUUCCGCUGUCGAGCCGUCUAUUGGCGCUGGUCACGCCCCUCAAGGCAAGGCCACGCCCCCUGCGUGGCUGAUCCCGCCUCCUGGGUUCUCGCCCCUGCCUAUCCGCUCGAGGGACCUGGCUCUGGCACGCCCCCUCGGGCUCAGGUCACGCCCCCUGGAAAAGCCAGGCCCCCGCCCACCGGGUCUUCCAAGACCUGAGACCCACCUCUUUAACUCAAGACCUCCCCCUACUGGCUGACUUCGGACUGGCUUCUAAAUUGAGGACUUGGAAGCUGGAGCCUGAGGUCAGCGCCCUGAACCUGGACCUCACCUUCGUGGAUGACCUCAGCUGGUGUGAACGGACUGUCCAGCCGUCGGGCUGAAUUCCAGGGCUCUGGUUGUUUGCUUGUGUUGUUUUGUAAAACCCAGAACCUCGCAAGCCCCUUUCUUCCUCCCUUGCUCAAAGGCCCUUUGCUGAAUGUUCUGAUUUUUGCAGAAUAAAAGGGUUCCCAUCAAUCAGCCCCCUCCUGUCAUCCCCUUGCCCAGCCAGACGGUUACACUUGGAACCCUGGGUGCAAACGAGAACUGCAGGGUGGUUGGGAAAUGACAAGGGAGCUGUGGACUAGGAUGGUGAGAUGCCAUCUGUCCCAGGACAUAAACUUCAUUCUUUGGGGAUG